UAAAUUAAAUUAAAUUAAAAAAAUAAAAAAGGAAAGGAAAAUUGCAGCGAAGACGAAGCCCAAUACCUUCCUUCGAAGACAUUCCAAAGCACUUCCACAAGUUCAAGACGAAGAAGAAGAAGAAGAAGAAGUAAAACCCACGAAUUCUCUUCUUCUUCUUCUCCUUAUUAUUCCUUCUCUGCAUAUGUUGUUUUGUAAUUUUCUUUUCUCAGAGUGAAAAGAAUAAGUAAAAGGAAAGAAAAUGCCUGAAAUAGAUGGUUCGUCAAAACCUCCACAAAUCUCUGAAAUGUUUCAGAAAUUUGCUCUCGCUUUCAAAGCCAAGACCUUCGAAUUCUUCGCCGAAGAAGAAGCAGGGGAAGAUGCUGAUGGCUUCUCACUCCUCGACUCCUCCGAAGAGGUAAUUACUGACCAGAAAGUUGUCGUUAUUAAACCCGACUCAGCUUUCGACUUCUCUCCGCCACAGCCACAGUCGAAACUCACUAAGUCUCUUUCGAGCGAUACCCAGUUGAAGAAGCAUGGCGAAUUUGCGAGAACGACGUCUUUGAGCCGGACCCAGAUCAGACCCAUCAAUACCCAGUUGACUCAGACCUUGAUUUCGUCGAUUUUCGCCACGGUUUCCUCUUUUGAAGCAUCUUACCUUCAAUUACAGACUGCCCAUGUUCCGUUUGUUGAAGAGAAUAUCAAGGCUGCUGAUCGAGCUCUCGUCUCCCAUCUUCAGAGGCUCUCUGAAUUCAAACGUUUCUAUGUAGAUUUCUGUAGAAAUCCUGAGUUAGAGACUGAUUUGCCCAUCAGGUCUUGCUUGGAAGCCCAGGUUGAGGAGAACCAGAGCAAGCUUCGGGUACUCGGAACCGUUUCGGACCGGUUACAAGUAGAGAUGGAUCAAAAAGACAACGAAGUUAUGGCGCUAAGGAACAAGUUGGAUGAGAUUCACAAGUCUAAUUUGAAGUUAUCAAAGAGAUUAUCUGGUAAUUUGAAUUCGUCUCGUGAGGUUUUGUUGUCUCUAAAAGUGUUUGAUUCUGUCUUACAUGAUGCUUGUAGUUUAACUCAUAAAUUUACCAAGAUUUUGAUAGAGUUAAUGAGGGGAGCUGGGUGGGAUUUGGAUUUGGCAGCAAAUUUGGUUCAUCCCAAUAUUGAUUAUGCUAAGAAAGCACAUAAUCGAUAUGCAUAUUUUUCCUAUGUAUGUAUGGGAAUGUUCAGAAAUUUUAACUCCAAAUGCUUUGGCUUGGGUGAGAAUAAUGGAGAUUUGUGUAAUGGACAUGUUGAGAAAGAUAUGGGUGAGAAUAAUGGAGAUUUGUGUAAUGGCCAUGUCGAGAACGAUUUGGAUUUAGAUAAGAAAAGUACUUCACUGAAGCAAUUACUCGAACACGUAUCGAGCAAUCCAAUGGAAUUGCUGAGCAGGGACAGAAAUUGCGAAUUUUCAAGAUUUUGUGAGAGCAAGUAUCAAGAGAUUAUCCACCCCACCAUGGAGUCAUCGAUAUUCAGUGAUAUGGAUCGAAAAGAAGUAGUACUAAAUUCAUGGAGAUCAUUGAGUGUGUUCUAUGAGGCCUAUGUAAACAUGGCAAGCUCAAUAUGGACAUUACACAAGUUGGCCUUUUCGUUUGAUCCCAUAGUUGAGAUAUUUCAAGUGGAAAGAGGUGUAGACUUUUCGAUGGUAUACAUGGAAGAUGUCACCAAGCGAUUGUUGUUGCCAAAAUCCAGGGCAAAGGUAGGCUUCACAGUGGUUCCGGGUUUUAAAAUCGGACGAACAGUCAUUCAAUCUCAGGUUUACUUAACAGGAUUGAAAUGCACAGAACCGUAGUAAGCAAUGGUGAGUGAGAUAUGCUCUUUGAGGUGAAGAUUUGAAUUGUCUUACAUAUGCCCAACUUGGAAGAACUGCUCUAUAGCUCACCCUCUGUGAUAUAUAGUAAAUAUAGAUGUUAUGAUUCCCGGUUUGUGAAUUGUUUUUUCUUUCUAUAUGGCUUUUCUUUUUUCUUCUUAAUCAUAUGUAGAGAUAACUGUAUACAUCUUUUUUUCUUUUGGGUUUCUUUCUAACACAAAUACAUCGAGAAAUUGUGUAUGUUAAUCAGUUGCUUCAACAAAUAUAAUAGGCCUUUUGACUCCCAA